CAAUGCGCCACCCCUUUCUACACCCGCGUUCCGCAGCACGUGUCUCUAAUCAAGCUGACCAACACGCGAAGGCGCCUUCGUAACGCAGUCAACGUUCAAACAUCCGCAAUACCCUUGCUUGGCAUGACGCUGUAGAUGCACGCAUUCUCCAUUGUCACGCUCGGUAUCUUCGUAGCAGGAUACUCGACUGCCCGCUGGGACCUCACUACUCGCCUCUACGAGCUAGCAAUCUUUGCUUGGGACCACGGCGUUGUCGCCAGAGUCACGAAAGGCUUUGCGAUCCUGUCGUUGUUCUUCUUUCUGCUUGUGCUGCCUUUUGCGCGCCUUGCGACCGAGGAGACAGAUCUUCACCCACGGGUCGGCGCCGGUGGUAUAUCCGCGCGCGAGCAGCUUAAGCGUCGAGGGUCCUUCUAGCGGGGCAGCAGGAUGGUGAUAUGGUCGCACAUAAUGGGUUGAUGCGCAUAUUCUGGCCAUCAGACGCGCCGACAGACUCGCUUCCAGGUGUCCUGGUGGGAUUUAGGAACUCGCAGCUAGACAUCUUUGUGGUGUCUGUACUACAAGAAGUCGAGCCUCGUCAAGUUGAAAACGCUCUGGUAGUAGGGACGCUAUUACGAUACAGCCCUCAUGACAUCAAGGAGCUGUUCUCGCGAUGUGGACACUCCUCUCUAUGUGUCCUGGGCGAUGUCAAUCCGAAGUCCCCACCCAGCUACUUCAACGAGAACUUCCUCACUGCCUAUACCGACCCUGCAAGCCGCCUGCCGCGAUGGCACUGCUGCUCCGAUGUUUUCUCGACUAUACAGGUCGUCGUCUACGAUCGACCAGACCCGAUACGCAUGCAAUACCUUUCGUUGACACCGAUCGCACUCGCCCUUGGAGAUAAGCGAAUCAGCGAGCGUUGGGACACGGCAAUCGCACAGCACGAGGCGGAUGAGGAAAAGCGGAUGAAGAAAAAGGCCAUGCUCGUCGAGAAGUUGAAGCUGCACAAAGUGGUCGCUCACCCACGCACACGCAAGGAAGCUGCAUUGCCUACCCUUAUUGAGCAAGUCAAUUGUUCUUCCGAGCUAGACUCACUGAUACAGCAGAACAUUGGCAUGAUUGGCAGGCGCAUGAAACGCGCAUUGAGCGUCAGCGAGCGAGUAGUGGAGUCAGCGAACAACCUGUGGGAUUACAUGUAUGAGUGCCUGUGGUAUCUAUUGACAGUCUGGGUGUGGCCUAUAGCUGCACAGUUCUUCAUCUGUGGAUUGAUGGCUCAACGCAUAACGGCCGAGUACAUACUGCGGGUCUUGGAUUGGCGAAUGAAGCCUGACGCACCUGCUUUGAAAGACAUCUCUGCAACUGCCCAGCAAAUCGACAUACGAUUGCAGCAAUUCUGCUACUGGCCGAUCCAAUAUCUCACGCUGCGUAAGAGGAAGGCUAGCUGGGGAAGUAUCACGAACAGUCACCCAGAGUACAUACGCUUCUACAACAGCCUGUGGCUCGUGGCCAACGAUGUCAUCAUGGGUAUUGCUCUCGGCUCUUAUAUCAUCGAAAACUCCUCCUCUGUUGCUGCUCAGAUCGAUACUAUUUUUAGUACUUGGUCGAUCGAGGGUUUACGCCGUAUGAUCUCCUGGCUCACGGGAUGGCCGCCGCCAGGAGGUCUGAAGCUCAAUACUGAGCUAGCAGCGUUUCUGGGUGACCUGUUCCUCUGGGUCAUCGAAUACUGGUCUGGGGUUAUGUCCUUACUACGACCUCAGCUGCCAGCUCUUAUCCAAGUGAUAGGCUUGUCGGCGUUCGCUGGUGCCACGAUGCCCAUCUCCCUCUUCUCAGAUAUCGUCUCUUUGCUCACCCUGCACAUAUACUCAUUCUACAUCGCAUCUGCCCGCAUCUUCCACUGGCAGCUGACCAUCAUCAUCUCGCUCUUCCAUCUCUUCCGCGGUAAAAAGCGCAACAUACUUCGGAAUCGAAUCGACUCUUGCGACUAUGACCUCGACCAGCUCCUUCUGGGCACGAUACUGUUCACGCUGCAGUUCUUUCUGCUGCCAACGAUCUUUGUGUUCUACUUGACCUUCGCGAGCGCAAGAGUGGCUGUGAUUGCACUUAAAGCUGGGCUUGAGAUUGGCUUAGCAUGUCUGAAUCAUUUCCCUCUUUUCGCGGUAAUGCUUAGGCUCAAGGACUCGCGGCGCCUACCAGGGGGUAUCUGCUUCGAUUUACACGAUCCACAGCAUGGCAAGCUCAAUCCACAAGACGGCUUGAACUCAGUAGCAACCGCCUACAUACAUCUCAAGUCCGUGCCUCUUUCCCUCGGUGCUAUGUUCCAGUCAUAUUUCGAACUCGGCACCCGCAUUCGGAAGCACUACUUAUCGCCAAGCGUGUUUCUGAGUCUUGCGUCAGGUCAGUUCGUGCCUCCUAUUCAUCGGAGGAAUUUGUAUAGCCUGCAAUACAGCAUGCUCCCGGCGGAACGCGUCGGUAUCGGCGAGCUUUGGCGGCAGCUUACGGCGCGAGCCGAGAAACAGGCCUAUAAUUCUAAUGCCCAUGCUCGAAUGCCGUCGUUCGAGGGAGUGAUCAAUGGCCGAAAGCGGAGGGUUCACAAGUAAUACAAUGAUUCUAUCUG